UGGCCCGGGUCACCUCUCGGAGUGGCAAACCGCCGCCCGUUAUAUAUAUUUGCGGACGGCGGUUCGUUCCGCGUCGUGUUCGUGCCCGGGCGCGGCAGAAAGAAUCGAAUAAUCCGGCAACAAGAUACGAGCCGAGCGCUUCAGAUAUUUCGAUGCCGGAAAGGCGGAAUUCCCACAGGCACCGGAAGACAUUCGAGCGGAAGCGGAAAUAUUUUUCCCGGAGCAAAGACGAUUUUCCCGAGUGUUUUUCGUAGUCGGCGCGGAUAAUUAAAAUCCGUCGAAAAACGAAAACGACCGCCAGAGGGCGGCGAGCGACGAGAGAGAAGAGAGGAAGCGUGUUUCGGUAGUGUUGGUGGAGAAAUGAAUUGCGGUUGGGGGACGAAGUCUCAUCUUUUGCCUUUCUCGUCUUUUCGCUUGGGUUCCGGUCUCUUUCCCGGCGUGCACGCCGUCGGGAUGGCGGUGGGCAGCGAAGUGGACUCGAAUCACGGUGGCAACCUGUACCGGUGCCCGGACGGUGAAACGGGAACGGAUCGUCUCCGCAUGAUGUUUCGCUUCACAGAUUUUGGAAACAUAAGUCCAGAAGUACAGUUUAUCAAUAAAACCAUAGGUGUAAGUUUGUUUCUUGGAUCCUUUAUUGGUGCCACCAUAUCAUCUCGUGAUGCCAUAGAGACUGUGUUGAGGAAGUAUCGGUCAAAUGUGUACGUUCAUCAAUUCGAAGCAAAAAGGCAUUUUCAAGAUAACAUUACAUUAAUCAUGAUGAAGAAUGCAUUUAAAUGGGCUUGGAGAUUGUCAUUAUUUUCUGGAAUGUAUUCGUUGAAUUGAUGAGCAGAAUAGUGG